AUGUAUCAUAAGGCCUCACAUUAUUUCCUAACUAGAAUUCUGACUAUACCUUUGUUAAGGGGCUUAUUAUUCUAUACGUUGUAUCCAUGUGCAUGGGCUAACCGACGACUAUUGAGCUCGGCUUAUCACCUACAGACUGACGUUCAGACUGAACGGACCAUCCAAUCCUUGGAGGACUUGUUGAGGGCUUGUGUGCUCAAGCAGCAAGGAACUUGGGAAGAGUGCUUGCCGCUAGUGGAAUUCAUAUACAACAACAGUUACCAUGCUAGUAUUGGAAUGACACCGUUCGAGGCCUUGUAUGGGCGGAGGUGUAGGACUCCGUUGUAUUGGCAAAAGAGCUACUAUGAUAAGAGGAGGAAACCGUUGGAGUUUCAGGUGGGUGACCACAUAUUUCUGAAGGUCUCGCCUGUGACUGGAGUGGGGAGAGCUCUGAAGUCUCAGAAGUUGUCUCCUAAGUUUAUUGGACUGUUUGAAGUGUUGAGUAGAAUUGGUCCUGCUGCAUAUCAGAUCGCGUUGCCUCCGAACCUCUCGAAUCUACAUCCAAUGUUCCAUGUGUCACAACUUAGGCAGUAUGUGCCGGAUCCUUCCCAUGUGAUUGAUCUUGACCCGGUUCAAGUAAGAGAAGACUUGUCGUAUGACGUGUACCCGAUGAGAAUUGCUGAUCACCGUGUUAAACAGCUGAGGGGUAAAGAGAUAUCAUUGAUGAAGAUAUCUUUUGUUAUUGCAGUUGUAAGUUUAAUGUUUAUAAUGGGUAAAAUUUCAUCAUCUAAUGAGGUUAGGACAUUAGUCCUAGUUGGACGUACUGGAAAUGGCAAGAGUGCAACGGGUAAUAGCAUUAUUGGAAAGGAUGUCUUCAAGUCGAAGAGAAGAUCCUCAGGUGUAACAAGUGUUUGUGAAUCACAUAGCGUAACCCUAAAAGAUGGACCAACUAUAAAUGUGAUUGACACUCCAGGAUUAUUUGCUGGAACUGAAUCUAUUGGAACAGAAAUAGUUAAAUGUAUUGACAUGGCAAAGGAUGGAAUCCAUGCUAUCCUUAUGGUGUUCUCUGUAAAUACUCGCUUUUCUGAAGAAGAACAAGCUACUUUUCUUAGCUUGCAAGCUUUGUUUGGACCAAAAAUUGUUGACUACAUGAUUGUGGUCUUCACUGGAGGGGACACGCUAGAAGACUAUGAAGAGACACUUGAUGAUUAUUUAGGUUCUGAGUGUCCAGAGCCUCUUAAGGAUAUUCUUACCCUAUGUGGCAACCGUAAAGUGCUUUUCAAUAAUAAUCCCAAAAGAAAGAAAAAUAAAGAAGGACAAGUUCAACAACUUCUUCGUCUUGUAAACAUGGUUGUAUCACAGAAUGGUGGGCUGCCUUAUACAAAUGAGAUAUUUAACGAAGUGAAGGAGAAGGCAAAAAUGCGUGAUCAACAACAAAAAAGGGCUGAUUCUUUAAAAGGAUAUUCCAAAGAAGAGAUAUUAGAUAUUAAACAACAAAUGCAACAAAAUUAUGAUAAUGAGCUUAAACGAAUUACUAAUAUGGUUGAAUCAAAGUUGAAGGAAGAAACUGGUAAUCUUUUGAGAAAGUUAGAAGAAGAGAAAGCUGCCAGAAUUACAGCAGAAAAUAAUUAUAAAACAAUUCAAAUUUCAUCAAGUUAUGAAAUUGAAAAGCUCAAACAAGCUCUUGAGAGGGCGCAUAAAAGAAUCAAUGAUAAUGAACAAAAGCGUUGUUCCAUUCUCUAA